GGAGGGGACCCACAAUGCAAUAGGCAGGGAGACGUGGAGGCUGCUCCCACGGCCGCUGGCAUCGCUGCUGCGGGCAGAAACCCUCUAUUGUCAGCCCUGGGGGGCCUGGCCCUGUAUGGGGGUGCGAGGAGUGGCCCAGCAGCAGCAGGGCUGGGUUAGGGGCCGUCUCCUGGACCUGCUGGAGGGGGGGGGUGUCACCUAGAGAGGCAUCCUGCACUGCUGGGGCUCAGGUGGGGAGCAGGGAGCUGCCCUCUGACCCUCCGGCAGCAGUGGGGCCAUGAGCUCUCAGGAUGAGCAGUUCCAAGCAGUAGCCCCUGAGCCAGCGUCUUCCUCCGCUGAUGAUGGCAUGACCUGGUGGUACAGGUGGCUCUGCAGGAUUGCCGGGGUCAUCGGGGGCAUCUCCUGUGCCUUUGCUGGUCUCUGGAACUGCGUUACCAUCAACCCACUGAACAUAGCGGCUGGCGUGUGGAUGAUGCUCAACGCCUUCGUCCUGUUCCUGUGCGAAGCUCCCUUCUGCUGCCAGUUCAUCGAGUUCGCGAACGCCGUGUCUGCGAGGGCAGACAAGCUGCGGGCCUGGCAGAAAGCUGCUUUCUACUGCGGGAUGGCCGUGUUCCCUGUCAUGCUCAGCCUGACGCUCACCACGCUCUUUGGAAAUGCCAUUGCGUUUGCCACCGGGGUGCUUUAUGGCUUGUCAGCGCUCGGCAAGAAGGGAGAUGCCAUUUCCUACGCUCGGAUCCACCAGCAGCAGAAGCAAAUGGACGAAGAGAAGCUCACGGGGUGCCUGGAGGGACAGGCUCUCUGAAGGGCACAAGCCCGGCGUGACCUCUUGGACCCUGAGAUGGUGGUGAAGAUUUGGAAACCCGCUCUGCCCUCCCCUCUGCCUAUCCCCUCUCUGCCACUCCACCAUUUCCCUGGACACUGCAGCAACAACUGGAGCUCUCAGGGCUGGGGCGGGCUGUGCCCCCCUCACUCACCAGCAGCCGGACCACAGUGCGUUGGCCGCUCCCUCCUCCUGCCCACUCAGAACCAAAUAUCUCACGGUCCUUCUUUUUCUUUCUCUUUUUUCUUUUUUCUUUUCUUUUUUUUUGCUGCAGAGGUGCUGGCCCUUUUGAGUGCUGCUGUAUAAGCUGAAAUACGUAGCCUUUCUCUGUUUUGAUGCCUACCACGUCUUGCUGGGGACUGCGUGUGGGCAGCACACUCGCUGGGGACUGCUCUUGGAGCUCCUUGGCUCCACAGGUCUCAUGCCCAGGGUGCUGCUACACAUCAUGCAUUUAAUGCAGCACACUCUGGUGUGGCCCAUUCCAGGCAUAAAACACGAAUCCAGUGUCCGAUGCUUGCACUCCGUGUUUUACAUUGUGCAGGUUUUAAUGUGGGUCCAGUUAGGCCUGAUGUUAGAGGCAUCUCUGCACAGUAAAGGACUUCCAGCAAAAAAAUAAUGCAUGAAGACUGUGAUGUCUCUGCAGAGGAGAGAAGCACACUCUGCCCUUCCUCCGGAUACAGCUUCAGGCAGAUAAUGCAAUUUACUUGAAUUAUAAGCAUUAAUUGCGUAGUCUUAACAAGGGUACUUUUCUUAAGCUUCACUCUUUUAGUAGGGAAGAAGGGAAGUGAGGCUGAGAAAGGAUUGUGUUGCUCGAGGCAAACGGAGGCUAUUUGCUGGUGGGAUGGCUGCUGAUGUGCAACUGCAUCCUUCUCUCUGAGCCCAGACAGACGCUGCUCUGUUCUCUCACUUCCUGUGUCUGCUCCUGCAGUCUGUUCUGAGACCUGCUCUUUGCUUCUGUCUGCUACAGCCUUUCUCGUUGGGCUCAUGCUUUUUUGCAUCAAGCCUGGGAUAGUUUUGUAUGGGAAGGAGGCACGUCCUUGCUUUGCAAACAGGAAAAUCCCGUUUUUGUGGGGUGCUGCUUUCUUCCAAGCACCAUCAGCGGUGCUCCCUUCGGAUUCUGUUUGCUUUGUGUCAGGCAGAACAGAGCUGCUCAUCAGGUCCACAUCCCCCAGCUCUCAUCACAGUUUCUUCUGGGGGAUGGGAGAGGAGGGGGUUAAUUUAUUUGCUUUUACGUGAUUGCCUUCUGUUUUACUUAGGAAAAGGGAGAGUAAUUUAUUUCUACUUAUUUAAGUAUUUUGAUGAGACUCAUCAGAGUGCUGUUUCCUGUCAUUCAAAGGAACGCAUCAUCUCAUUUCAGGGGUCCCUCUCUGUACCCAGGGAGAAAAUCCUAUUUCAGCCUUCAGGGUGUUUCUCUGACUUUGGGCAAAGCCUGCUGUGCUUUGAUCCCUUUGUCUGAUUGCAGCCACCAGAGAUGGCUCUCCCCGCUGGGCCUGGUGCUCAGUGAAGGCAGGUGGCAGCUCCGGCCCUGUGCCCCCUGGCACCUCAGGGUCCCCUUUGUGUUAUUGCGGUGCCGGGGGUGGGGGUCACGCUGCGGUCUGGGAAAGCUGCUGCUGGAGGGCACUGGUGCACGUGGGCAUUGCAACAGGAGCAGCUCCAUCUCUGGAGGCCAGGGGGCUAAGCGGUCAGCCAGUGCUCCUUGUUUCUUUGCUGGAGUUCAGGGAGGUGUGAAGAUUUGCACCAGGCAGGAACGCGGCGUGGGUUGAUUUGCAUGCACAGGUCCUUGCAGCUGGAUGCUGGGAAGCCGCUUCAUGCUAAGCCCUUGCCCCCCCGGGCCUCUGCGCUGUAAUUGCUCUGAUACCAACUUGUCUGGGGCACAGAAUAGGCGCUGCCAGCCCCAGUGCAACGUGGUUCAGUAAAAGCUCUGCCCUUUCAGAGAUGCCCCCAGCUCUGGGCCAGUCCUUUGGCUUUAUGCAGUAUGUGGGGGAAUGGCUUUCCAUGUGUUUGCAGGGACUGCAACCUGCUGCACAGGGCAUGCUGCUUUAGCUAUGGGGUCGUGCUGGGGGGGGGUUCAGGGACCCCUCUUAGCGACCAAGGCUUCUCUGCUCCUCGCAUCCCUGUGCAGCACCACGGAGUGGUUGCAGAGCAGCGUCCUGCCCAAUGAGCAGAACACCUACAUUUGAUUUCAGGGGGUUAAGGGAGUUCAGUAGUGUUUGGUGGAGGAACAUCGCAGAUGGAGGCAGCAAUAUCAGGGUGAGCACGUCUGUGCUGGUUGGUGCUCCUGGGAGCUGUUGCUGGCUGUGGUGCAGCAGAACACAAGCCAGGUGCUGCCCUUGCUGCGGCCGUGGCCUGGUGAAGUCUGCAUGCUGCACCCAUGGCUUUUUCAGGAGUGAUGGAGAGUUAGUGGAUGGUCUCUCCUCAGUGUGGGUGAGAUGCUAUUUCUGUGGAGAUAGGAAGACUUUUAGAGUAGUAGUAUCACAGUAGUUAAUGUGCCCGUUCACAGUGCAUGGUGGUUAUUAGUUGUGUUUAGAGGCACCAUCGAGGUGCUUGGAGCUGUGCAAGAAUACUGGAAAUGAAAACCCCACUGUAGCAAUUUGAUAGGCUCAGCCCAGACCCAGGCUGGGUGGUGCAUCUAAGGGGCAUCCAUGGAAUUGGUUCUGCUUGCCGGGUCUCAGAGAAGCCUUUGGGGGAAGGAUGGGACAGAAUUUUUGUUACAUGAGACCUCAGGAGCAGGUGAUACUGCAGUGAGUAUGGAAAGACACCGGGUACUGGCAGUAAACGUGCGCUUGGAGGUGGACUGUUACACCAUCCCUGUCCGAGCUGUGCACUUCUCUUACCAAGCACAUUUAUACAGCGUGCAACUGCUCCGUGUUCCAUUCAGCCACAAAAAGUGCUGCACUUCUGCAUAUAUGCUCCAGGUUCCCCAGGGACUCUCCACUGGGCAUGCAAAGUGCAGAAUUUCUCUUUCUGCUGCAUGCCCAGACCUUGCUGCUCGAAGCAGGAGCUGGUUUUGUAACAGCAAAUUGAUCCUCUGUGUGUGCAGUGAAUAAAAAGACCAUUCUACCUCUGGAAAGAGCCACUGUGAUUUCUCGCUCCAAAUGCAGCAAAACCCCUCAGACUUUCUCUGUGGAAGAAAGGAGGUCACUCAGCAAAUACUUCUCCAGCGAGGUUCUCUCAGGGCCUGGAGAGCCCAACCUCAAUUCAUAUUUGGGCAUUUCUUCCUUUGGCUCUGGGAAGCUCAAUUCAUCUUUGUCAUUUUUUUUCCCUCAGGGAAAAACAUCCAUUGUCUGCAGGGAAAGGUUUCACUGAAGUGAGGAUAUCAAGAUCUGGUCCAUAGCCAUGUGAGGAGGAGAAUGCUGUAGGACAGGGCUGCCAGAGAGCCUGAUCCUUCUGAAGGUCAGUGGAAACCAGAGGCUCUUGAGAUCUCUUGUAAUCAGUCCAUGCUUAGAAACAGUCAUACUCCAGCCAGGAGUGGACACCUUUCUGGAAAUGGAUCUCAGCUGCAAAGACUGAGUUUAAUACUGAAAUUCUGUGUUUUGAUUUUGGCCCAUCUCUCUUCUUCAGUCCUUGGCUGCUUUAAAUUAAUCCUCUGAUAAAGCACAUCUUCUCUUCGGUGUAGUGUACCUCCUGCUGCAGGGGAUCUGAAAGUAGUUAGUAGUUCCUGAGAUCUAGGUCACAUACUCUGCACUGCCUCCUGGUUCCUUGGCACGGCAGGCUGAAGCGUACCAGGAAUAGGAGGACACAAGCUUAUCCACAACUCUCCCCUUGCCACGUGCAUUUCAGCGGGCUGAGAAGUGCUUGGGCAGAUCAUCUCCAGGCUCAGGGUACGCUGUUAUGUUGUUCUGCCCCUCUGGGGAGAGUCAGGUCAGGCAAUUCUCUGCAAGGCCAUUUGUUCCUCACAGCCAUAACCACCUCCUGCAGCUGUGCUUUACUUAAAAUAAGACCAUAACCACGCAGGACAUCAGGCAAGGGGUAAGAGCAAUUUGCUACUGACUAUGCAGCUGAAAUCUCAAAGUGAUGGAGGUGGAGGCUCUACACACAGCUGUGAUGGGGGCACAUCCACCUUCCUUCUUUGUAAAACCCUGGGGUGGGAAGGACCUGCCCCACUACAAAGCAUUGUCUGUACUGACUGUGUCUUUCCUGCAGGGAAUCACUUGCACUACAGCUGAAUGUCUGUCUGUUCCCAGGUCUUUGUGUUUUGUCCUGAAUUUUCUUUGUGAACUGUAGUUGGUCUUGUUCAUUAGGCUUCUAGUGUAAUGUGUUUUUAGAGCAAUAAAAUGUGGCAGCUUUUUA